GAUACAGCUGAUUUUGAUCAGUGUUUGUGUUUUGUUCCGUAUAAGUUCACAGGUGCCAGGGACAUCUUGAAAAUGGUCGCAUCUUUCGCAAGAUGGUUUGGAAAAGUGGCAGUUGUCACAGGCGCUAGCUCAGGCAUUGGAGCCGCCAUUACCAAACGACUCGUCGAGGAGGGAAUGACAGUUGUGGGUGUAGCUAGAAGAAAGGAAAGAAUCGAGAACAUCGCCAAAACACUCCGCAACAAAAACGCUCAACUAUUUGGCUUUCAAGUGGACAUAACGAAGGAAGAAGAGCUAAUCAACGCAUUCAAAUGGACAACCGAUAACGUGGGACCGGUCCAUGUACUAGUCAAUAGUGCUGGAAUUAAUUUGGCACACUCUUUAGAAGAAGGAAACCUUCAGAUAUGGAAGAAAAUACUGGAAACGAAUGUGCUCGCCGUAUGUAUCAGUACGAGAGAGGCCAUAAAGAUAAUGAAAGAGCACGACAUUGAUGGGCAUAUCAUAAAUGUCAACAGUGUUUUGGGACACAAAGUAGUGAGUCCUGCCAGUCCACUUUAUACGGCUUCGAAAUUUAGUAUUACUUCCUUAACCGAAUCGUUGAGGCUGGAACAGAAUUUGAGGAAUUCCAAAAUCAAAAUUACGAGCAUCAGUCCGGGAGCUGUCGACACGCCAAUCCUGUCCGAAGAAUUCCGCACAACAAAAUACUUUAUGGAAAUAUUGCAGAAGAGUUUACUAAACCCUGAAGAUAUUGCUGAUGCAACGGUUUAUGUACUUUCCACACCUCCCCAUGUUCAAGUACACGAAUUAACAGUGAAAGGAGUCAAUGAACCAUUUUAAAUGUCUGUAAUUUCAGUUGAAUAUUUUGA